AUGACCGUUAACCAUACAUUCCAAACCCAGUUUGCCGUGCCGUUGUCGUGUGAGGGUUGUGUCAAAUCAGUUUCGGACGCGCUCCACAAGCUUGGCGGUAUCACCAGGGUGGAAGGCAAUGUCCAAGAGCAACUGGUCACCAUUGAGGGGUCGGCUGCCCCGUCCGCGAUAGUGGAAGCUAUCCAGGAGACCGGCCGAGAUGCCAUCUUGCGUGGCACCGGUGCAUCGAACACAGUGAGCAUUUUAGAGACAUUUGUGGAUAAGCGCCAGACGCAGCACGAGGGCACAGACCGCGAGGUUCGAGGUCUGGCGCGCAUGGUCGAGGUCGGCUCCGGACGAACACUGGUCGAUCUGACCGUCCGGGGCGUCUCGCCAGGAACAUACCGCGCCACGAUCCGAGAGUACGGCAGCCUGGCCGAAGGCGCUGCGUCCACCGGACCGGUAUGGAAGGACAAGGGUGAGCUCGGCGCUGUGGAGGUGGACAAGUCAGGACGCGGCUCAGCCUUUGUCGAUCACGGUUUCCAGAUCUGGGAGGCCAUCGGGCACGCCAUGGUCCUCACCCGCCAGGAGGAGUCGGACGGAGGCUUGCAGAACGACGAGGACACUGUCGUCGGCGUCAUCGCUCGGAGUGCGGGCGUCUGGGAUAACGACAAGACGGUCUGCUCAUGCACGGGCAAGACGCUGUGGGACGAGCGAAAGGAGGAGGUGGCCAAGGGCAUGCUGUGA